AUGGAUCACAAAACCUCUACUACCGAGCACAUUCGCCUCAGGCCUAAUUCUGGUGCAGCAAGCCAAGUAUUUUUGCUUAUUGCCAUUGUAAAGGAGCUAGUCUCGUUCUUGUUGGCGCUAGUUCGGGGUAUUACCUCGCUUGAAAGUCUAUACACUCAACUCCGGGCGUCGCGCCUGGAACGCCGUCGUUGUCUCGGUGGAAUACCAAGCAGAGGUCCAGCUUCUGAAACGGACUCUGAAGACACGACUUCUACCUUCGGCGUAUAUGAUUGCUCUCUGGACAGUGCUGUUCAACAAUUAUGCAGGGCAAUCGUACGUCGUGACUGCGAGGCUGUUUCGUGUAUGUUGAAAGCUGUUCCCUGCCUCGUGAGCAAACGGCAUAGGGGUGGUUGGUUCCCACUACACGCGGCUGUCCUGUCAGGUGACAUUGAUCUGAUCAGGCUGAUUCUUUCAUGUCCAAACACAGACGUCAAUGCUGUGUAUGAAGUAGGCACCACUUCUGUGCUCUUUCCCGACCUGGAGAGAGAGCUUGGUUUACACGUUGAUGGUACAACGGGGGCGAGACCGCUUCACUAUGCAUGCAUGAUUGGCAAUGCCGAUAUCAUCAAUUUGCUUACCCAUCAUGGAGCAUUACUGAAUGCACGGGAUGAAUGGCAGCGGGAGCCUAUCGAUUAUUUCGAUAUGCAGCGAGACUUAGACAUUGCAACUGCAUUCAGUUACCUAUACAAUAAUUGGCGUGAUCGACACGAGUUCUACAACGAGUACGCAAAUAUCGAUGAUGUAGCGGACUUGAUACGACAGGAUAAGUACGACUUGUUUAAGCAGGCUUUACAUCGACGGCCACAACUCGCUUCGAAGUUUACGUAUUACGAUUACUCUCUUUUGCACCUUGCUGUUGUUCGGGGGCGUCGUUAUUUCGCGGAGCACCUUUUAUCAAUAUGCCCGUCUUUAAUCAACGAAUAUGAUAACCGUUCGAUCUGGUCGUGUGAAGCCUCCCUCUCGUCAUUCGCACCUCCAGGCGUUCCACACAAACAUGUGAAAGAUGCGACCGCUCUGCAUUAUGCCUGUCUCAUAGAGGACUUAGACAUCAUUACUCUGCUAAUCAAGGCCGGCGCCGAUUGGAACAUCAAGGACUACCGAGGCCGGAAACCGGAGGAUCUGUUCUAUCCGAAGAGUGAGAAUUACGAUCAUAUAAAGAACGUUUUCUCAUGCCUCUGCGUCGCGGAAGAGGAAAAGAGGAAGAUGGCUGUUGAGGAGAGUGUAUGCCAUGGUGACGUAAACGCGUGGAAGGAGGCCGAGCGUAUCGGCAUGAAUGCUUGGUCUGACUGGGGAGAAUGCCACGCCAACACCAAGGAGCCUUUGCUUGAAGUCAAACGCGAGGAGUGCGUCGACGUACCACCUCCAAAGCCUCCCGCCCAAUCGUUCCUUUCCCUCGAAAAGGUAUUGGAAGAGACGCUUGUGGGUCAGCGAGGUCCAAUACGAACUGUGGCGAACGCAGUCCGAUUACGGGAAGGGAAGUGGGUCGACCCCGAUCGACCACUCACGAUGCUCUUUCUUGGAAGCUCUGGCGUCGGAAAGACGGAGCUAGCUAAACAAUUAGCUCUGUUCAUUCAUGGCCAGAACGGGCUUUCGACGAACAAUGGUGACCGCGUCAAACAGCUUGAAAAGGAACAUGCUUUUGUUCGUAUUGACAUGAGCGAAUAUCAGGAGCGCCAUUCGGCGUACAAUCUUAUCGGUGCCCCGAAGAGCUAUGUAGGAUACGGUGAUGGAGGUGCCUUGACGCAGCCAUUGAAGAAGAACCCGAAGGCCAUUGUCUUACUCGACGAGAUUGAGAAAGCACAUCCAGAUGUGCUUAAUAUGUUCCUCCAAGUUUUCGACGACGGUCGGAUAACAGACUCAAAGGAUGGUGUCGUCUGUUGCAAAGAUGCGAUAUUCAUAAUGACGUCCAACAUCGCAUCGGACGAGAUAAAAGAAAGUUCCUCAGAGCUACGUGAACUUGUCGCUCUCACAGAGACAGAAGACAGGCCAGAGUCCUACCUACACGUCAUUCGGGAGUUCACGCGUUCUAUUCGUCCAAUCUUGAAGCAAUCGUUGAAACGCGAUGAGUUCAUUGGCCGGAUAAAUGAAAUUGCUGUUUUCCUGCCACUUAGUGAGGAAGAGAUUGAGAUUGUUGUGGAGCGCGAGUUGGGUGUGUGGGCGAGACGUGCAGAGGAAGAACAUGGAAUCAAGCUGAGCUGGUCUAAUGAGGUUGUGAAGAAGUUGGCGUCGGCUUACGAAAUCAACUAUGGCGUUCGUUCCGUCGCGAAUGAGGUUCAGCGCGUUGCAAUACACCUAGUCGCUGACGCACAAAUUUCGGGGAAGAUUAACGAUAAGUGUAAUGCAGUUCUGUUGACCGAUGAAUUCGGUGACAUCAAGUUGGAUACUACUUCAGAGGACUGA